CGGGAGGCACCUGCCCCAUAAAAAGAGCUCCAGGACUCGCCUGGGUCAGUGUCUGGACUCAUCGGCGUCAAAAUGCGCGGCUGUGUGUGCCCCGUGGCUCUGGUGCUCCUGGGGGCGGCUGUAUGUGCUGCGCAGCCCCGAGGCCGGAUCCUGGGUGGCCAGGAGGCCACGCCUCAUUCUUACCCCUACAUGGCUUCGGUGCAAGUGAACGGCACACACGUGUGCGGUGGCGCCCUGGUGGAUGAGCAGUGGGUGCUGAGCGCCGCGCACUGCAUGGACGGAGUGACCGCGGAUGACGCUGUGCAAGUGCUCCUGGGUGCCCACUCCCUGUCGAAGCCCGAACCCUCCAAGCAGCUGCACGACGUGCAAAGGGCAGUGCGUCACCCGGGCAGUGGGCCCGACCGCAUUGCGAACGACAUCGCCCUCUUGAAGCUGACCCAGAAUGCCUCGUUGGGCCCCUAUGUGCAACCCCUGCCCUUGCAAGACGAAGUCCGAGAGCUGGCCCCCGGAACGCUCUGCGACGUGGCCGGCUGGGGUGUGGUCAGCCACGCGGGGCGCAGGCCCGACGUCCUGCAGAGGCUGACAGUGCCCAUCAUGGACCGGAACACCUGCAAUCUGCGGGUGCAUCACGACGGGGCAGUCACCCAGGACAUGAUCUGUACAGAGAGCCACCGCAGGGACAGCUGCAGGGGCGACUCCGGAGGUCCUCUGGUGUGCGGGAACGUGGUCGAGGGCAUUGUCGCGUGGGGCUCGCGGGUCUGCGGAAACCGCAGGAAGCCGGGCGUCUAUACCAGCGUGGCGUCUUACAUAGCCUGGAUCAGAAAUGUCAUCAAUGAAGACUUGAUGGGCUGAGGGGAUUCCCGGAGACACGUGACUCACAAUAAAUGCACGCAUCUGA